UGCACCUUUAUGUUCUCUAUAAAUUGGUCACAUGAGUCACACUGAUAAGUAAACUAAGAAGAAAUUUUAAGAUGACAUCUUCCAUAGUCUCAUGCAUGCUUCUCUUUCUCCUUCUUCUUGUGUUUCCACAUAUGGAUAAAUCCCUUGGCUCAGAAACGGAGCUCCACAAACUCAAAGAGACAAACCAUCCUGAUGAAGUGACUGUCCAAAUGCAAAGCCGCUAUUUUGUUGGUCGUCCGUUAACUCCGUGCCACAUCUACCAACGAUGCAAGCGUACUCCACCCACUCCAACCUCUUCCAAAGGCAAAUAUGGAUCUGGUCACUGAUCUCAGAACAGAAUCAAAAGCGUUUAUAUAUAUAUAUAUCGACGUUUUCUACCUUACGUUGGAUUUCCAAUUUCUGUGGUUCCUCUAUAUGUGUCAUGUUUUUACAUAUUUAUCGAUUAUACAUAUCGGUUAGCUUAGCUGGAACAAUUGAUGUAUAAUUUUAAUACUGUAUCCAUAGAUCAUGAAUAAGUGGUGUAACAUUAGUCCCUUCAUCUCUUUGUAUAUCGACAACGACAUGCAUUUAUCUUAACGUCA